CAUGAAUUUACCCUUUGGACAAACCCAUCAUGGCCUGAUAUCAAGGCUUAACGCGAGCGCUGGAUCAGUUCCUGAGAAAGAGUUUAGAGCACGAAUUCGAAAUACCAAAUCUCGGAUCGCUGAUGUUUUUCAUAAAUAAAGGCAAUGGAAACUUCCCUGAAUAUCAAGAUAAUAUAGGCCAGUACAGGAGUAUUUCGAUUAACAAAGGUCAGCUUUCUUCUAUGCUGAAAGCAAACCUUUCUAAUCGGAGGGUCCAGAAGCGGAAUAUGGUCCAAGAAGACGACCUUUUGGAAAUCCCUGAUUCUGCUCCAAUGAACAUCUCUGAAAAUACUAUUUCAUAUCACGUUAAUAAAGGAGAUUUGAGAGUCAAAAGUCAGCUAAAGCCGACUACCCAGAAGAAGAUCUGCUCGAAUAAAGUUUACAGGACUAAGAAAAGGAAAAAGACUAUUGAGAAGAAAGCCAAGUCCAACAAGAAAGGAUCGAUAUUCGGCAGCACAGAACUUCAAAUUAGCACAUUGUUUAAGCUAAAUCGUCAGGAAAGCGAGGACACUAAACCGAAAUAGAAAGCUCAAGGAGUACGAGCAAAUCAGGCACAACAUUGCUCACGCUAAUAAAGUUAAAGCAGACUUUACAAAGGCAUUGAAGAUGAAUGAGGAUGACUAUCUUCAGGAAUUCAAGGAAAAAGCUUCAGCCAUUACUGAUAAGAUGAAUAAAAUUAAUAACGGAGAUGGCUCUUCUGCCUUGUUCAAUCUUAAUAUGCACCAAGAUUAUAUCAUCAGCAAGCUUGGAUUGAAGAAGAAACUCACUGGACAUGAUCUGGUCAUCAAAAUCUUGCUUUUUAAGAUCCUUGGACUUACCAGUCAGAACCAAGAGGAGUCAAAACAGAAAGUUGAGCAAUCAAAGCCAAAGAGUGCAAUGUCAGUGAGGUUUGCAAGGACUAAUUAUAAUAUGCCUUCUAAUCGGAGAUUCUUACAAGGAAAUCUGAGGAGCUGAAGUCAGGAAAAACGUAAGCCAGGAACUCAUCAGGGGCCUAGGUUUAUCCACAACUACACCUCUUCGGGGAUAAUUAACAACUGGAGGACGCAUGAUAAGAGUAAAUAAGCAUACCAGCUCUCUUGACGCUAACAGUACUAGGAAAGUGAACAAGGAUCUAUUUUCAAUUGAUGGAAUAACUAAGGAUAGUGUAGAGAAGGAGAGUCCAAAAUCAACGAUAAAUAAAAUUAUUGACCAAUGCUACCAAGCUGGGGACCCUCAACUUGAAAGCCUAGACCAUGAUUUUACCAACAAUGAUUCUUUAUUUAACCUCACACAGAAUUUAGCAGAGAAACAGCACAAGGUGUUUCAGAAUAUCAGAGAAGGAACUCAUAUGAAGCCCUCAGGCCAGGAUGACUCAAGCAAGCGCUCUAUAGAUGGCUUAAAGAAGAAGGUUACUUUCCAAGUUGACCAGAACGAGGAAAGAUCACCUUUGAAAGGAAUUGAUAACCUAAGCAUCCUCAGCAUGUCUGAAUCCAUCGAAAGUGAGGAUUCAGAUUCCAGCAAUUUCGUAUACAGCAACUCUCCGAUUAAAUGUGAGAAUAGAAAUCGGAGAGAAGUACGAUUCAAGAGGGUGAGCCGGAGGAUGAACGAGUUCUAUAAACCUGCACUGAUGACAAAGAACUUUGAGAAGCAGCUGCCAUUAUUCUUGUCUGAGAAGAACAUGGCUUAUCUUUCUCAGCUGUUUAAAACAAGCCAGCACGAAAACAAAUAUGUGAACAAUGCAACGAAAACUAAGGGAUUUAAGAGGAAAAAGUUUAUUAACCAACAGAAGACCAAGACCCAGGAUCGGCUCGGAGAGUUGAGCACACAAGACGAUAUAAAGAGUUUCUUAAAGAAGGACCCUAGCGAAAUCUUCUCAAAUGCAUUAGCUAACUUCUGGUUCAAGGAUGCUGAUAAGUUCUUGAAGCAAAGAAAGUCUAAGCACAUCCGUAAAGAGUCUCUAUGGGAUAUUCAUGAGGAAAAUGUCUACCAGCGGAUGGAUAAAGAUAUAGAGAAAAGGAAGAACAGAGGAAAAAGUGCAAAUUCAUAAUUUAAUUGUUAAGAAAACUCUUAAA